CUUUUCAUUUCCUUGACCAUGACUUGAUUUCCUCUUCCGCCUACCCAAGCAGCGUCGCCUCUCUAUGUUUGAUGCCUAUUAGCUCUCUCGACAUUACGGUACUUCUCUCCCAUCACCGUUAAUCUCCUUUCGCAUCGAAACCAGAGCUACCACACUCCAACAUCACGCGAGCCUCUUCACACGGCACGGGCUGCUUUCUCAACCUCGGAUUCUAUCGAUAUACGCGUUGCCUCGAUUGCGCCAACCUACCGACGAGACGAUCAUAGACGCUUGUUUGGCAUCAUGGAUCUCGCUGUGACAUUGAUCAAGGCCGUCAUGCGGGCGUUCUACCCAACGCGAGACAUCCUCGUCGUAGACGCACUGAUUCUUCAUGAAGCUCUUCGCGAUGACGAUCUUGCCUAUUUAAUGGCCAUAAACACCAAGGACUUGCACAAGAUAUGCGGAAAGCUUAGAGAAGACCGCUUCUUAACAGUUCACACGAGAUCCGAAUUGCGACCAGGCAAUCCGCGACCGAGCAAUCGCACAUGGUACUACAUCAACUACCGGCAUACCAUCGACGCUAUCAAGUGGCGAGUGUACAACAUAGACAAAGAAGUCCAGGGAACUACGGUGCCAGUAAACGAAAAGAAAGAAUAUUUUUGCUCAUUCUGUAAGGCGGAAUGGACGGCGAUGGAAGUUCUGGACAGCGUUGGGCCGGAGGGUUUCCUCUGUCACCGAUGCCGCCGACCUCUAUCGUUUGAAGCGGAUCGAAACGCUGGCGGCCACGAACAGUCAACCCGACUGAAUGAUCAGUUCAAGUUCAUCAGCGAGCUCUUGCCUAAAAUCGACGCUGCUCACAUUCCGGAAUGCGACUUUGAUCGGGCCUUGUCAAAGGCUCGACCGGUGAUCCGCGACGCUACGCACCAACGCGCUGCUACGAUACCCGUUGAUGACGCCUCAUCUCGACCCAUGGCAGUAAGAGGAUUGGCCAAUACGGGUCCACAGUCCAUUGCUGUCAACAUAUCUACGUCUGACGGACCGUCAGAGGCUGAAAAGGAGGCAGAGAGACUCCGAAAGGAAAAGAUUGCUCAGCAGAACGCGCUCCCAUCCUGGAUGUCAAACAGUACUAUUACAGGAGAGUCAUUUUCUGCAACAGCUGAUGCUGGUGCACUGGGAUUGGGCAGGGACGCAGCUGAGCGAAAAUUGUCUCAGGGCAAAUUGGUCGACAACAAUGCCACUACGCAGAUUGAUGACAUUUUCGAGAAGCUCAAAGCAGAACAAGCCGCCAUUUUGGCGCGAGAAGCAGAUGCCGAGGAUGAAGAAGAGGACUACGGCUCCGAGGAAGAGGAUGACGAAUUCGAGGAUGUCGUAGCGACGGGCAACAACUCUGGCCUAGGCACGCCCGGCAUCAAGGCCGAGGCAUCGGAUGUUCCAUCAGGCGACGCAUCACGAAUUGAAGACAGCUCAGAUGAGAGGGCAAACAAGCGGGUCAAGGUUGAGCCUGAAGUUAAAAAGGCAGAGAGCGGCGACGAAGACGAGGACGACGAUGAGCUCGAGUUUGAAGAUGUUUGAAAGACGGCAUGUCCAACAUUAUCUCAAAAGUUUUUGUGUAAUUUUACAGCGGCGUUUAGACAGAAUAGGGGCAACUCAACCUGGUAGAGCGCUGAAUGCACAGGAGAGUUUGGAGCUGGCGUUUUU